CUUCUUAAAAUGACGCUAGCAAGCCGACGGCACCAGCGGAGGAGAAGGAGAGGGGACUGAAAUGUAGAGCUGGCAUCUACUUUCCCACCGUCUUGAGGACGCUUUUAUAUACAUAUACACAUAUAGAGGGCCUUCAUGAAGAGCCCCAAGUUAUUAACACUAUUAUUAUGUCGGAGGGAGCAGUUGCAGCCUGGUGCUUGCUGUACACAGUUCGUCUAUUUAUUCCAGUCUGAAGCAGGAAUUCAGAUAGAAGACUUCCAAGUAGGUAGAUAGAUUAGCUUAUCUAAACAAGUGUUUUUUAAAACGUCGGUUUGUUUUUGUCACCCGCUCGCAUUUUAUAAGCUUUUUUUCCCCUUUUUUGUGGAGAAAGAUUGUAAGGUAAAGCCACACGGAAGCAAUGUAUAAUACAGUUUGGACAGCGGAAAAAGCCGGCGAGGAAGGAGACUGGAGGGACGUGAUGAUGCCCUACUCCACAGAGCUGAUAUUUUAUCUGGAAAUGGACCAACCGCCAGCUCUUCCUCCCAAGCCAGCGAAGCCGCAGCAGCCCUCAUCAGUCGGGGUGGGGGGAGGCAGCAGCAAUGGCACCAAGGAUGGAGGAGCAGGAGGCUCACUGCAAGAGGCUGAGUGGUACUGGGGUGACAUAUCCAGGGAGGAGGUGAAUGACAAGCUCAGAGACAUGCCUGAUGGGACCUUCCUGGUACGGGAUGCUUCCACCAAGAUGCAGGGCGACUACACACUCACACUGAGGAAAGGGGGAAACAACAAGCUGAUAAAGAUCUACCAUCGGGACGGGAAGUACGGCUUCUCUGACCCCCUGACCUUCAGCUCGGUGGUGGAGCUCAUCAGCCACUACAGACACGAGUCUCUGGCUCAGUACAAUACCAAGCUGGACGUGAAACUCAUGUACCCCAUCUCCCGCUUCCAGCAGGACCAGCUGGUAAAGGAGGAUAAUAUUGACGCCGUGGGGAAGAAGUUGCAGGAAUACCACAAUCAGUACCAGGAGAAGAGCAAAGAGUACGACAGACUGUACGAGGAAUACACCAAGACAUCGCAGGAGAUCCAGAUGAAGCGGACGGCCAUCGAAGCCUUCAAUGAGACCAUCAAGAUCUUCGAGGAGCAGUGCCACACGCAGGAGCGCUACAGCAAGGACUACAUCGAGCGCUUCCGGCGCGAGGGCAAUGACAAGGAGAUUGAGAGGAUCAUGAUGAACUACGAGAAGCUCAAGUCUCGGCUCGGAGAGAUUCACGACAGCAAGGUGCGGCUGGAGCAGGACCUGAAGACACAAGCCAUGGACAACCGAGAGACAGACAAAAAGAUGAACAGCCUGAAGCCCGACCUCAUACAGCUCCGCAAGAUCAGGGACCAGUAUCUAGUCUGGCUCAAUCACAAAGGAGUUCGUCAGAAACGAAUUAACGACUGGCUGGGAAUCAAGAACGAGAACACUGACGAAGGCUACUUUGUGAGCGAGGAGGAUGAGAACUUGCCUCAUUACGACGAGAAGAGCUGGUUCGUCGGGGACCUGAACAGGACGCAGGCGGAGGAGCUGCUCAUUGGGAAGCCAGAUGGAGCAUUCCUCAUCCGAGAGAGCAGCAAAAAGGGCUGCUACGCUUGCUCUGUAAAUGUUGAAGGUGAAGUGAAGCACUGCGUCAUCUACAGCACACCCCGCGGCUUCGGCUUCGCUGAGCCCUACAACCUGUACAGCAGCCUGAAGGACCUGGUGCUCCACUACCACCAGACCUCCCUGGUGCAGCACAACGACUCGCUCAACGUGCGCCUCGCAUACCCCGUCUACGCACAGAUGCCCUCCGGACGCAGAUGAACCCCACCCACCAGGCCACACCCCCACAUAGACAUCAAACCAACCCCCUCUUGGGGAAGGGAGAACGGGGAAAGUGAAGGAAGGAAGGAGGGAGGGGGGAUUGGUUGAAAUACAAAGCAACCCCAACACCAGACCCGAUAAAGAUAGAAACGAAUUAACACUUGCUGCAACACACACGUCAGCCACCUUGGAGUUAUAUAUUUUUACAAGAACAAUUUCGGAGGGCAUUCUUUCUAAAGACUGCUUGAUUUGCACAAGGAAGUUUUAAAUGUUUGUGAAUGUGAAAAAAAAAAAUACGCGACUGAAGGAAGGAAAGAAGGAAACGAAGUAGGAGACUUCAGAGUUUCAGGUUGACCCCGCUGCUACCUAAACUCCAGCUCAGACUUUUUACCAGAAACUCAAAAACCACGCAAAUGAUGACGAAGACAACAACAAAACAUUCCCAUUUGAAAUCUUUUUUUUUUUUUUUUUUUUUUUUCGUUAUUUUUAUUUUACACCUCAGAUGGUUAUAUUAAGACGUUUCUGUUUUCUGGAGUCGUUUUCAUGUUUCCGAUGUUUCCUUUGGUUUCUCGUAGCUUUGUUUGUGGUAAAUGCAAGAGGAGAUGAUGUCAAGUGUCUGUUCUGUCCCUCUCCGUACGAAAAGCAAAAAUAAUGUAGCAUAACGAGACAACGAACACUUGUUUUAUGAAGUGUUCCUCCAUGUAGACUGCUGCUGAAGGGUUUAGGGGGAGGGUGGGGGAGUCAAGGGGGGAGGGUGGGGCACAAGCGACACAUACAGUUUUGUAGUCUUAAAAGAAGGACAAAAGGCUUGCUUUUAUACUAACUGUAGAGGGGAUUUUUUGUAUUACUUUUGCUUUGCUGGAACAUAGUUUUUGUCCUCUUUUUGCCAAUGUGUAAAUGGCAAUGUCACAGAUCAGAACCAGAGACCAAAGUUGGUGUGGAGAGGGAGGGGAAGGGAAGGGGGAGGGCAGAGAGUCAGUGUGUGUUUCUUAGGGGUUUUUUUCUCUUUCUUUUUGUGAAUGGAGAAAGGAAUGAAGAAAAGCAAACGAAUGGUGUGUUUGAGACCACACAUAAAACUGAGUUUUGGGCCACGUACUUGUGCACCAAAUAGCCUUUUUGGAAAACCAAAUGGUACGUAAACAGAAACGCCAGGACCUUCUGUAAAUACAGAUGGCCAAGUAAGAAGCACUUAGACGAGUCCCAUGUGUGGCCUCAGCACUCUGUACCUUACUCUGUGACUCACUCACCCAGCUUUCCCUGUGUAAGUCAGUGGUGAAAAGACAAAAAUAAAGCUAAAAUUAUCAGUUGACUAAUUAGUCAGUCAGCCAACAGAAGAAUAAUUGGCACCUAAAAUGAUUCAGACUUUUAAAUAAUUUUCUUGAUUGUGAGGAUUUGCUACUUUAUUGUAUGGCAAUAAAAAAAUAGCAAUUUUAUGACAUCACAUUGGGCUUUUAUGACAUUAUAUAGACUAAAGGGUAAUUGAUUCAGUUAGAUGAAAUUAUUAGCUGCAGCCCAUGCCAUUUUGUAAUAGUUUUUUUUUUUUUUUUUUUUUUUUCCGGUUUUCCAGUUCUGGUUUGGUAUUUUUCUGAUGCCUCACAUGUCUACUCUCUGCCUGGAAUGAUAAAAUAUUUGCUUAACUUUGGAAUCCAGUAAUUCCAGACUUAGUUCCUCCGCUCUGCUCUUCUUUGCUGUCCGCUGGAAGACUGAGGCAGUUCCUGGAAAUACUGGAUUUUAAAUACUUGUAUAGGGAGCACUGUGUGACCAAAUCACAACAUAACAUACAGAGUGCUGAGGUCACAAAUGUCUCUACACUUUAACCAGACAAAAAAGGUUACACAUGGUCAGAUUCACCAAAAUCGUCCUUUUAAAAGCAUAAAGGAAAACAAGUCUGACCAGAGAACCUGAAACCCAUUUUAUGUGUGGUUUUAAAAAAAGAGUGAGAGAUACAUGAAUAUAUGCUUAUGACUGUGGAUUGAAAAACUGGGACUGUUUGUGUUGUUUGUUACAAAACCCUCAGAAAUAAUAAGCUUUGAUUAAAAAAAAAAAAAAAAAAAAGUUCUAUGUGUAACACAGCGAGCAGGUAGACGGAGGCAAUGUCCCGAGCUGAAGAUGCAGGCUUUAGAAGAAAAUACUGAAAACUUGAAAGAACGUGCAAUCUAGCGUUGUGUUAAUGUAGUUCAGCAGUCAAGCAGAGAGACGCACUAAGGUCCGAGAGAUAAUCAAAGUGCACAGUGAAGCUUUUGGAGUGAAAUUCAGUUUUGUUUGUCUGAUUGCUUCGUUUCCUCGUUUGUUUUGUUAAAUUUGUCUUUUUUUAAAAACACAGAACUUCUUGCCGGUGCUUGACUUUAUAACCAGUGGAAGCAUUUUCUGUCAAAGACUAAAAAAGCAUCACACAAUAAAAAAUAUCUUCAAAAACUGAAGAGAAAAACACAACUAAGUUGCACUCUAUUCUUCCUAGGAAUUUGAAACAAAUCUGUAUUACUGAUUGGCUGUUGGCACGGAGAUCAUACUCACCCAUUGGCUGUUCCUUUUAGGAGACACGUCUGAGAUGAACGAGGUCAGCGUUGUGUCUCAGGGGACCUGGUGUCCCCAGACAGUCAUCCCGCCGCUGCCUGUCUGAUAAUCUGCAGCUAUUUGGAGAAUGAAAAGGAAAGAGGGGGAUGAUAUCUUGACCCUGGUUUAUGGCAAACAAAGGCAGCUGUUCUUAAUUCAUCCCCUUUCUCUACACCGACACAAGCCUGUUUUUUUGUUGUUAUUUUUUUCUUUUGGAGGGGGGGGGGUCCACAGGAAAACAUUUGUGAGGUCGUCUACCAAAAACCUCUUUUGAGAGACACUGGUUACAAAGUCAGACAAAGCACCCUCCCCUCUUUGUCGUCUGCGGUGUUUUUCACAGUAUGAUAAGCCAGCAUCAGAGUGUAUGGGCCACACACACAGGUACGUCUGAAGCAGUGUAUCAGGUUGUAGGAAGAGGGCCAUUGUUUGAGAAACUGCAGCAGAGUCAUUGUGAGUGAAUGAUACAACCUUGGUUGUACCCACCAUGUGUUUAUCUAUACCCCCGUCUCAAUGUCCUCCUCACACUCCACAGUGUAGUAACCCAUGACAGUAUCACCGUUAUCUACCCCCACGCACACCACGCCCUUGAUAUCGUCUGCUCACAUUAGGUAGAUGAGUUGGGGGAGGCGUGGUUUGUGGACCUGAAAGCCAUUGAUAGGAAGCGGUCUCUCCUCAAUCAGUUUGGGUGUCCUAAAGCCGGCAGUGCUUAAUCCAAUUUGGCCUGUUCUCAGAUUGCCGAUGCCGACUGCUUCGGUAAAUUUCUAAAAAUUUGUCUAAAUAAAAUGCAAAUCGGAUUGUGUUUUCAUCCACACAAAUAUUCCUGAGAAGGCGUAACAAGAUCAAAGAGCACAAGUAACACUGGUUCGUCUUGGCAUUCUGUUGCUGCUUUCUGUAAUCCUACAUUUUCGUGCAUGUACAGAAGCAAAAUUGGCAAUGUCACUGUGUCAAAGACACAGUGACAUUCACUGUGUCUUUGAGAAAAAACAAACCAAUAAAAACCAGAAAUCUGUUGGAAUAUUUAUAAAGACGAGGUUUAAAUAAUGCCAACGGAAACAUUACCACCCCAGCCAAGUCUAAAAAGGUUUUGGUAAUAUCUUUUCAAAUUGAUGCCAUCUCCACUUUGCUCUAGCUUGUGCCAGUUCAAAUGCACUAAAAGGUGGAUGGAAACAAACAGUACUUAAUGUCACUUCCAGGUCUGUGUAACAGCAUCCAUGCUAAGGAAGGUCGGAGUAACGUACGUCCUAAAAACAAAAAGUAAACAAAGUUACAUGAAAAUGAAUAAAAGCAGUAAAUUAUUAACAGAAACUUUUAAUGCAGUUGACGUAUUUGACUGAGCAACAACUGUAGAAAUCAAAUCAGUUGUUUUGCUUGUGAACAGGCUUAAUUGGAUUUAGCAUGAAGCAUACUGCUGGUCCCAGUAGUCCCUCUCUACCAUCCCAGUCUAACUAAAGCUAAAGCAGGUACGGAGGAAGAAACACAGCGUCGUCACAGCUGGACGCAGCAGCUGCAGCAUAAAGGACGUGGUGGCAUGUUGGCUGUGUCCUAUUUCACGGGCCACUUUCAGAUUCAGCAGAGAAAUUUGACUUUCUUUUGUCCAAAUUCAGGAAUUCGUAGAUAAAUAUCACCAUUUUUUUAUGUAAACUCUGAAGGGAGUUUCUCAGGCGUCUUUAUUAUUAUUUUUUUUACAUUUGUUGCCCUGACAGACUUUUCUCCUCUUUGCGUGUUAUGAUUCUUUGUAUUGUUGAGGCCCCCUAUAUCAGUCCAGACUUGGCGUUCUGCAGUUUUGCAACUCCUUUCUUCUCACACAAACUGUGGCUACAAGUAUUACCACGAUGCUUCAGGGUAAACAAGUUUUAGCUUUUUCACAGAUAUCCAAUCCAGUGUUUCUGGCAAGCAUCAGACCCAUACGGAUACCAUAAUGCACUGUGGAUACAGACAGGAAGUUGCAAGAAUUUGUGAUGAAUCUUCUGCUAAUAAUCUUUGUGGAGGAAAAGGUUUAGGCUUCCCCUGCCUAGCCGCCGUCCUUUAAAGUCAUCUGCCUCUGAAUUGGGACACAGCCUUUAUUGUGUUUUGUAUCUGCUGCUGUCCGCCUGUGAUGACGGUCUUUGUUUUUUCUCUUGGACUAAUGGGGGACAGCAGGGCGGGGUUUGUCGAUAUAAUCUUGAAUGUACAAAAAAGGAUCACUUUGGGUCCAAAGCUGUUUCUUUCUUCCUGUUUUUUAAGCACCACAAGUCAUGUUCGUCCGUAACGGAAACAAGAUGAUCCUAAAACUCAAGGUGCUAUCGGAAAUGCAGGCCCGUUCGAUUUGGCAGACUUUUGAUGUCUCCUUCAUAACAUUUCCGGUCAUUAACCCUCAGGUGUUUCAAGUUUACCGUAGAAAUGACCACACAACAAAGCCAGCGAUGUUUAAAAGAAAAAAAGGAAAAAAAAGAAAACAACUAAAUCAGGGUUUUUUCUGCAUUGAUACUUAAAUCACUCUCAGCCGAUUAAGCUAGAUUCCCACGACUUUGACUUUUGUAGUGUCCUCACUUCAAGAGGCUUGUUCCUCACGGCUUCCUGUAGCUUAGACACAGCACCAUCACCGAAAGGAUGUCAUAGUCUUUCCUUCCCCUCCAUCACCACACAGUCUGACGGUUUGAUUUUAUUGUUUUUAUCAGCUGACUUUUGUUUUUCGAACGGGGAACUCAAACCCCCCUAACUUUAUUACUUGAACUAUAUUGCAUUGCUCACUGUUGAAUGUCUUUAUAUGAAAAUAUACAUUUAUUAAAGGAAAAAACAAAACAAAACGAAGAGUUCCCUUUUGUUUUAUGGUGAGCAGGGCCGAGGUUUUUAGAGUUUUAUGACAGAUGUACAGUAUUCGUUACAGGCAAACAUAGAGCUACUUUAGGAGGGAAGGAGGCGCUUUUUGAAACUUCUCAGAGAUAUGUUCGGAUCUUUACCUUCACACAGGGCUUGUCUGAAAUUGCACACAUUAUCAUCUACAAGAGACUUGUGUUAAUAUUUACCCAUGAUGUACUGUAUGCAUCAUGAGUCACAUUUACACGGAGAUGUCGUAUCUAUCAUAUAUAUAAAGCUAAAAGAUAUUACAGUUUGAAGGGUUGUUUUGAGUCGUAGUCGCUGUUCUUUUGACUGUUGUCAUUUCCCCCCCAAGACAUUAAGACCAAAGAUUUCAGUUCUUGUUAAUCCUUCAGUUGUUGAUCAUUGGAAGUGGAUGUUUCAGUGAUGUUUUUAUCUCCAUUGCCUUGAUAUUACCACAACUCAGAAGAUAAAACCAUGUCGUGUGAAUGAGUGUCCCGUACAACUAGCUAGGAUCGUUGGUUGAUCUGUUCAUUUAUGUUAAAAGAGUUUAAACAGGUACACUUUGUGACACGUCAGGAAGGAUCCAUUUUUUGAAAUCCUUGUUCAAUGAUGUCCCAAUGUAAAAUCAAUCAGAUUGAACUUGAUCUGCACUCUUCAGUUUGUGUGCCGUUGGUAGAAACUGACUUCUGUUGAGGAUUUUAAAAAAAAAAAAAAGAAAGAAAACGACCAAAAGUCACAGCUCUCUCACUCAUGCUACUUCAUAUAUUUGCACAUGAUGACCGUAGCUGGAGUUUAGUUUGGUUUGCAAUUUGAAACUUUUCUAUUUCUGUGUUGAAAAUGUCUUGCGGAAAUCUCAAAUUAUUAUUCAUUUUUUUAAAUGGGUGGCAAUGUAUUUUGUUUAUCUCCUGUGCACAAAAAAAUCAGUUACAAAGAACACCAUCCACAUGUUGCUAUCUUGUUAAGUUUUGGAUCUUGUUUUUUUUUUUUUAAUUUUGGGGCUCUUGUACAGUUUACACUGAUUUAAUUAGACUUAUGUCCACGUUUGGUGCAUUUUAAAUUCUUAUCCAGCUCGCAAUUUGACUUAAUUUUAAAGCUUGAAUUGCUGCAGGAGUUUUUAAUGUGUGAAGUGGUUGGUUGUUUUACACCCCUGAUGUAAUAUCAGUUUUCAGUAAUGAUAAAUUGACUUUGAGAUUUGAGAUUUCUGCAGGACGAUUUCCCUUCGUGUCUCACUCCACCACAACAUGCAAUAUUCCCUUUUCUGUCAGCCAGGGGUUUGUGAUGGAGGGUUGCAUGUUUUCCCUCAGGUGCAUCGACCCCCACAGGACAGGUGUUUCUGAAUGGGCAGGGGUUUCGCUCAUAGUAGUACUAAGAACAGGCAGGAAGAGAAGCAGUUAAGGAGCGUUAGUGGGACAAACCAAAAUAUCUGUUUUGUCAAGUUUACUUUUACAGACUGUUUAGUUGAGUUUUCCAUUUGGGAAAAUUCAACUCUAACUCAGAUAACUCCAGGAAACAGGCUUAGGUUCAUCUCUCAGAAAAUAAAGGUACAAUAUGAUUCAAACAAAGGUGCAGUCUCUGUAACAAAAAGGUACAAGAAGCCUGUUGUUACCUUUCUUUCUGAGUGUUUAUACUCACUACCAUCCCAGGACUGUUAAAAUAGCAACUGUCUGUUGUUCCUCUACUACCGUUAUUACUACAAAUACUACUACUCACCCUCAAGCAGAUCUGCAAAGUUUUAUUUGCAGCCAGGUUUGAAUAUGUUUGUGAUUCUCAGCGAGGAGUCGUGUUGUGUUCUUACCACUGCUUAUCUGAUCACAGUACCCAGCACAGCUUCGAGGAGUAACAGCUUCUUAUAUAUAUGAAAAUAAAGAACUUUUAAAAAAACUAACUAAAAAAAAAAAAAGAUUAAAAAAGUGUAUAUGACACCCACCCCUUCCCUCCCCUCCCUGUACCCCUUUUUGACAUACGUACAGAUCCAGCAUGCAUAUUUGGUACUCUUGACUGUUGUUUUUUGUGUAUAAAAGAAAAAUGGUAAAAAAGAUGUCUUUGAAAAACAACUGUUAUUUGUCUGUUAAUGGUGUAUUCAGAUCUGAAUUUGAUAUAGCAAAUUUAACAUCACUGCUUACAGCUGAAACAAGUUACAGUCCUUUUUGUGUCAGUUGUAUAAUGCUAUAACAACGUAAUACUGAGAGAGAGGACCAUUACUUUAUGGAAAUGUUUGUCAACUGUUGGCACAGCAUAUUAACACAAAUGUUAAAGAGCUUUGGGUUUUGAAUAUUUCUGUCAUUAUUAUUUUGAGUUUUCCCAAUGUCACAGAUCAUGUUCUGUAAACUGUAGUUAAUGUUGUCUUACGCAACUGAGCCAUGCUCUUCAGGCGCAUUAUGUGCCAUUUCAAAAUCAUUUUUGACUUUUAGGUAAGAUCAUCGCCUUCAAAGGUCAAAAUUUGUGAGUCAAGUUUACCAAAUUUCUCAAUAGAAAACCUUCAUGCAAAUUUCAUAUCCUCUGAUGGCAACAGUUUCCUUCAGCUUUAUGUUAACGUUGGUGUGACCAGGCCCAAACACUCAACUGUUCAAAAUGUAAAAGACAUAAUUCAGACUUAUGUGGUACAUCUGUUUGACUGAGUGUAAUCGGUCUCUUUCUCAGUGUUACCCUCUGCCAUACCUGCUACUGGCUUCUCUUGGUAUUCUCUCUUUGAAAUGGUUUUGGCCAAUCACAGUUCACUUUACUUUCUCGUAUCGGUUGCAAUAGUUUGUUGGUUGUAGAUUCUCCAUUUGUUUAUGAGCUGAACUCAUGUACGUUUAUCAGUGGAGCUCCACCAUAUUCAGUUCUCUUGCAGAAUAAAGAAAAUAUUUUGUUCAAAUACAAA